CGCUGCCAUUGCAUUGCUUUUAUACAGGAAUUGAUACAGAGCCGGGUCGUGUGGACGUAGGAAGGACAAUGAGCUAGUCUAAGAUGUUAGGAGGUCUGUUUAUUUACAACCACAAGGGGGAGGUCCUGAUAUCUCGAGUCUUUCGGGAUGACAUAGGGCGAAAUGCGGUGGAUGCGUUCCGUGUGAACGUGAUCCAUGCGCGCCAGCAGGUGCGUUCCCCCGUCACCAAUAUGGCACGAACCAGCUUCUUUCACAUUAAGCGGGGAAAUAUCUGGGUUGCAGCUGUGACCAAGCAGAAUGUGAAUGCACCAAUGGUCUUUGAGUUUCUGGCCAAGCUUAUGGAGGUCAUGACUUCAUACUUUGGCAAGGUCACAGAGGAUAACAUUAAGAACAACUUUGUUCUCAUUUAUGAGCUCUUGGAUGAAAUCCUUGACUAUGGCUAUCCACAGAACACAGACACAGGAAUCCUAAAGACUUAUAUCACACAACAAGGAGUCAAGUCAUCGAGCAAAGAGGAGCAAGCACAGAUCACCAAUCAAGUAACGGGACAGAUUGGAUGGAGGCGAGAAGGUAUUAAGUAUCGUCGGAAUGAACUAUUUCUUGAUGUGCUAGAGGAUGUCAAUCUACUCAUGUCCCCACAAGGUCAAGUAUUAAGCGCUCAUGUUGCAGGUCGUGUUGUGAUGAAGAGUUAUCUAAGUGGGAUGCCAGAGUGUAAGUUUGGCAUGAAUGACAAGAUCACACUUGACAGACAAGGAAAGGGAGAUGAUCCAGCAAAAAGCAAAUCGUCUAUUGCCAUUGAUGAUUGCACAUUCCAUCAGUGUGUGAAGCUCAGCAAGUUUGAAUCAGAACGUAGUAUUAGUUUCAUACCUCCUGAUGGCCAAUUUGAACUCAUGAAGUAUAGAACGACUAAGGAUAUUAGCUUACCCUUCAGGGUUAUACCAUUAGUCAGAGAGGUAGGAAGGACAAAGAUGGAGGUCAAGGUUGUGUUGAAAUCUAACUUCAAACCCACGAUACUCGGACAGAAAAUUGAGGUACGUAUCCCAACACCCCUUAACACCAGCGGCGUCCAGGUCAUCUGUAUGAAAGGAAAGGCCAAGUAUAAGUCCAGUGAGAAUGCUAUUGUAUGGAAAAUUAAGAGGAUGAGUGGCAUGAAGGAAUCUCAGAUCAGUGCCGAGAUUGAACUUCUCCCAACAUCAGAUAAGAAGAAAUGGGCUCGUCCACCAAUCUCCAUGAGCUUUGAGGUCCCGUUUGCCGCUUCUGGUCUGAAGGUACGCUACCUGAAAGUCUUUGAACCUAAACUUAACUACAGUGACCAUGACGUCAUCAAGUGGGUUCGCUACAUCAGUAGGAAUGGUCUCUAUGAAACGAGGUCAUGACCUGCGUGAUGCAACGAAGCCACCGUGUUGUUGUGAGAGCUUGUCGUCGGAGAGGGGUCAUUCUCUUUCUGGCAGGAUUAGAAUUUCUUUAAAUGGAUCCCUUCCUCUCUUAGUCCUUUAAAUUGUGUUUCCUUCCAGUUUGAGGGCACCUGUAAAUGCCUUUAUCAUCUGCAGCAAUGAUAUGAUGUUAGUGGUUUAUGAAUAUUCAUGCCAUGGGUCAAAUCGGGUCACUGCCUCUUAUUAUUAUGGGAUGCAUUUAGAAGCCAUCCUAUCUAGCAAAAUUAAUUAACUAAUUUUUCUUUUGUUUAAAAAUGGCCCUUUAAUUUUUUUUCUAAAAAAUUAUGAUACAUGAUUCUUUCUUUGUGAGAAAUUUAAAUGGAGCAACACAAUUGUGUGUAUCCUUUAAUCUGACUAAAUAUUUUCAAUUUAUGAAGGGGAGGGGUGUCGUUGAAUAUGUACAUUUACCAAUAGAUUUAUUUUUGACAAAUUUGCUUUGCAUCUUGACCUGUUACCAAACCAUCAAACAUUAAACAUAAAAAACAGACUCUUUUAAGGAUGUGCUUUGAUCUUAACCUAUAAUUAAUGGUAGUUAAUAGGAACAUUGGUUUCAGUUCUUAUCGGCCAAUUCUUGUUUUCCCAUCAAGACUUGCUAGGUGCAAGAAAUCUGUCAGAAAAGUGUUGGUUGAAUGAGUUAUGUUGUAAAGCUAACGUUUUGAAUAACAGUGAAUAUGCCAAUGCCACAUGACAUGUAUUAUACACCAAUAGGUAAGAUUGAUUUUGAUGUAGUGUUUUGUUAUUGCUGUUAGGUAAAUUGUACUAAAUAUCAAAUUCUCUGAUCAUUCCAUGGAAGUUCGAAGUAGGGGUAUCUUCAAAAGAGCAAAACUGAAAGUAAUUUUAGAAAUAGUUGGAAUGAUAUGAUUGAUUAGACAUGGGAAGGGUAUAAUAUAUGUAAUUUUAUUUUCAUCAUUGUGCUGCUGUAGACGAGGUAUAUUUGUGAAUGAGGGAUAUUAAUCCUGAAUUGUUUUAUUUUACCUGGGUAUUAAGCACAAAGAAAUGUAGUUCACUGUUUAUGUACAUUGUAGCUGCAUGUGCGAAUCCCUAUGUUCUGAUUUUUACGAGUGAGGAAAAUUUUAUUAUGGCAAAAUUUAUGGAUCUGGUAGGGCUAGAUUUCACUUUGAUUUUUUUUUUCAAAUGUCUAUUUCUAUUGAUUGAAUGCUCAAUCUGCAAAUUUGAUUUCUUGAUUUCUUGUCCAAGUUUCGGAUUAAGGGACUGGCAGGAUUAUCAAUGCUGUAAAACCAGAUAAUCUUUUAUAAAUGCUUUGAAUUUGGUUAGUAUUCCACAUUUCAUUCUGUGAUGUUGAGUCUAACUUCAUAUAUUGAUUAAUGCCAUGUAAUGCAACUGUUCGUUUGUAGAGCUAUAGGUAUGUAUAAACUGCUUCAUAGAGUGAAAUGAGUUAUGAGUGGUUUAGUGACAUCAAAAUGUUAAACAAAUAUGAGUGUCAACAUGGAGCGAGUUGUUAAAAGGCUGCUAAAGAAACGAAAAUGUUCUUAACAAUUUUUUUUUUCAUGAAGAGGAUGUGGAGUGAGUUGUUCAAAAUCUAGCCUUCUUGAAAAAAAAUCUCCUGGGCAUAUGUAUUGUUCAUUUAGUUACUCAUCAUUAUUCAUGCCAAGUUUGAAUUGGUGUCAAUGUCAUUCACCAGUGCCACAUGUCAGCUUUUGUACAAAAAUACAUCCUUGUGAUUUAUUAUCUGCAACUCCAAGCAAUAUGCUUUUUCCAAAUUUUGGUGCUGGUAAAAUUUAACUUGAGCUUGUUUGGAAGAGUGCAAGAUUGAUAACUACUCCAAAGUUAUCUAUGUAGCAUUUGAUACAAGGGGGGAUUCACAGAAAACAUUAGAAGCUUUAGUAAAAUCAAAUGGAACAAAAAAAUAUUUGACUUAAAGUUGAUUAUAGAUAUGAAUCACCCUGAGAUGUAUCUUCAUUGGAGACCAAUUUAAACCAUAUUCAUUGCAAUCUUUUUGAAAGAUUGGUGCCACAAAAUUUACUAAUUGCUAAUACUUUUCUAAAAAAUCUGGUUUUACAGCAUUUGAAUUGCAUAUAGCUGCCUGACAUAGUAGGCUAGCUCAUUAACUCCCAUCGAUAUAGAGUGUUUUCAUUUACUAACAUUUAUUUCAUUCACAUUUUAUUCUGUGGUGGCUGGUUACUCUCCUGUAGGCUGUAAUCACAGAUAAUCAUUUUAGGAGCAGAAGGACAUUAUGUAGACAUUGUAUGCCAGUGUUCUUUUGCACCCAACUGCAUCCCCCAUACAAUUGCUCAGCUUAUUUGGUUGAUGUGUCAUAGUUUUUCAUCUUUAUAAUAUGGUGAAAACAUCAACCUUUUCAUUUACGGAGGCUAAGUAUGGGUGAUGUGGCUCAGUGGAUAAGCCUCCAGACUUUGAACCACAGGGUCUGGGGUUUGAAUCCCACUGCAGCACUUGCUUCCUUUGGCAAUGUGUUUAUCUGCAUUUGCCACUCUCUACCCAGGUGUAGUAAAUGGAUACCUGGUAGGACUCAUUCCUUGAAUGCUCCAAUCAUCUGAUAAGGGUAACCGUGCUGAAGAUGGGUGUAAUAGUAUGUAGUACUCAGAAACAUUGUACUAUGUGCUUUAUAAAUUUAGCAUAUUAUUACUAGUUCAUUAUCAUUAAUCUUGCGCUUUCACCUGCUCCAAUCUCUGACAUUGGUUACAAUAAAUUGCAGCAAAUUCACAUUCUACCCAAUUGAAGAGGCUCCAUUUUAAUUUGUGGGAUUCUUAGGCAUCUAUUUCGGAUGAAAUUGCACUAAAUGCUCUUGUAUUCAUUCCAUCUUUUCAGAAAUCAUUGCUACAUAUUAAAAAAAAUGAAAUUGCAACAUAUAACUUUUUAGAAAACAUUUGUUAGUGAUUUUUUUAAAAUAUAUUUUGCUUUAAAAAUUGUAAAAGAAAUUUCCAUACCUCUUUCCAUACUUCUGAAUUCAAAUCAACAAGCUUAAUAAUGACGCAGCUGCUCAGUUUCCCUAACAUGACAAUAUCCAAAUCAUUAUCUUCUUAGUUUUUAAUGAAUUUCUUUAAUACAUUUACUAUUAAAAUUUUACCCUUAAUAUCUCAUUAAUUCUUCAAAAAAUAAAAACAAUGUUAAACAAGAUAUUAGCAUCAGCUAAAGAUACUUCAUGAUACACCAAACAUUUUUUGUACAUUAAAAACAAAAAAUAGUCCUGAAAAGAAGCACCCAAACUGAGAUGUAAUCUAUGAUUACUUUUUGAGAAAUGAAUAAAAAUAGAACUUAAAAUAUGACUUGUCAGUUGUUGGAUUGCGCUAAAUUGAAAUAACUGGGUGUUUUUUUUAACAAUGUGAAGUCUCACAGGUGUAAUUGUUCAAUAACUUUUUUUGCCAUCAUGGUGACCUUCAAUGAUUCUCUAUGAUUACAGCCAAUCAUUAUCUUCAUCUCCUUACUGAAUCUUGCCGGUUCCUUCUCUCCGAUACUUGGCAAGAAAUGCCAAAAUUUGCGGAUCGGGCAUUCAAUCACCCUUCCAUAGGAGAGUAACCACCACUGAUAUUUGUCCUUUUAUUGCUUGUUUUGGGCCUCUUUUUUUUCUUAUGUUAAAACGAUGGGAGUGUUAGUCCAUCCAUCCAGUCCAGAUUUUGACCUGUAUUAUUUUGAAAGAGAAAAUGUAUUAAACUGUUUUUGUAAUUGCCUUUAGGCUUUGCUGGGUCCUGUAACACAAAGUUUAGUGAUUAAUCGUACACUUGAUUUUCAUGAAUGAUUGUACAUUAUAGUCAAUGCAAUUAAUUAAAAAGAAUAUUCUACAGUGAUUACUAAGAUUUGUGUUAUGGGCCCCAGGUCUCACAAAAUGUAGCAAUUGAUCAUACAUUUGAAUUUUUGUGCAUUGUGAUCAAUGCAAUUAAAAACUGUUAUUUGGUACAUACUAAGCUUUGUGUUAUUGGGCCUAGCUGAUUCCAGUAGGUAACGCUUCUCCUAAUGUCAAUUCUGUCAAAUUGUCAUUAAUGAAAAGUAUUAUGAGACCAAUAAUAUGUCGUGUGUUGUAGCUGGAUAUCUCUGGUUAUCUCAAGGCAUGAACAAUGGAAUGUAAAAAAAAAAUGAAACGAAAAGUUAAUAGAACAAAAUCAUGUUCAAGUCAAGUUGAUAUGUUCCGUCUCGUUAUAUUUCAUUGAUAUGAUUGAAAAUGUUUCAUGUAUCAUUGUUUGAUAUACUAUUGCAUUGAUAAUCCAGGUGAUUUGUUUGUGAAUCCAGUAUACUUGGUAAAAAAUAGAAGAAAAUGCCCAUCAUAUUUCAAUAUUAACAUUAUUCCUGUAAACCCUGGUUUGAAAUGUAUGAAAUUCAUUAGAAAUAUAUAAUAUCUGAUAUGUAAGACAAUUUGUUGAAAUCUUCCUUUGUCUCAUUUAGUCUUUAACUUGUUGAAUCAUAUAAGAAAUAUCAAUAUUUUACCAAUUAAAUAAAAUCAAUUAAAAUGAUCAUAACUCAGGAAAGUAUUUACCUAGUGACAAAAUUCAUGUGUAUCAUUCAUUUAGAAAGUUUGGUAUUUAAACAGGAAUUGUACUACUCCAUUUGUGAGGAGUAAAAGGAGAAAAAUGGAUGGACAUUUACAAUUGAAAAAUAAAACUGAGAAUUAGAACUUAUUUUCUUCCUCAUGAUCAUGUGAAUCUCAGCUUUAAAUGGGAAAAAGGGAUAUAUUUGUUUUUAUGAAAACAAUUGCUAGCAAUUGAUUGAUCUAUAAUUGUUUUUUUUUUAGAAUUAAUUGAAUGCCAGUGCUGCGCAAUGAGAUCAGUAGUGUAAGUAGUCUGCAAAUUUGGUUGACUUAUUUUGUAUGGGAGAAUAUAAUUUAAAUUGAUUUUUGCUAACAUUUACAUCCAACUUCUAUUAGUGAGAAUGCACAUCAUUACCAAAGUCUCUUCAUAUUUCUUCAUGUAAGGUCAUUCUCAUCCAAAGGAUCGUUUUGUAAAGUAAAUAUCUUACAGAAUGGAAUAAGAUGCAAGAUUGAGUUCUGUAAAUCUAUUCCAUGAUGUAUAUAUAAGCAUGCAUUGUAUUAAAAGAAAAAAAAAAGGUCUGUGAAGCUUAAAUUUAUAUCGGGAUGUUAUGAAAUGUUUAAUACUCCAUCCAUAUGUAUAGAAGAACAGCUGUACAUGGAAUUUAGAGCAACAAAUUUGCUGUUAUCUUGUAAAUUGUCAGUGGCUCUGUGCCAAUAAUUUUGGAAGUAACUUUAUCAAGGCAUGCAUGUAAGUGUCAAAAUAAUUGCAUUUCACUUUGUGUUCAACAAACCUUUUUUAAGUCUGGCAUUGUAAUCUGCUGCUAAUCCGCACCAAAAAUAUAUUUUUAACAUAUAAAUAUGAAUGGGAACCAGAGCAUCAUGUUAUCAAGAGUUGCUAUUGAUAAUCCCUAAACAGGGAUAGAGAUCAGUGAUAUGGCAACCAUGUUGUUUUAUAAAUCAUCAAAACUAGAAAACUUAUCACUUUGCCAGAGUUAUGAAAUAUUCUUCUUCUGAAUUAUUUAUAGUCUACAUGUGUUGGAUACUAGUGAAUUAGGACAAAAUGAAUAGAAAAUUUAAAGAAUUAUUUCAAUAUUUACUUUCUUGUGCAUUUCGAUAUCUUCAAGAUCAUUUGUUUUAUGGUAAUCGUUAUUGUUUUGUAUCCUUUUCGCAGUGUAUAUUCCUUUGUUUAUUGGCUAUCAUAUAGUUUGUAGUUAUAUUGUGACUGUUUCUCAAGCAAAAAUAAAUCUACAUCCUUAUAUCAA